AUGUCCUUUACUCCACUCUUUCGGGCAUGCACCAGUUCAAAGUCCCUGCUCAAUGGCAAGGCAGUCCAUGCAAAGCUACUCAAAUUUGGGUCCAAAGCAAACGUUUUCACAAACAAUCACUUGCUCGCCAUGUACUUAAAGCUCAAUCAGUUCGAUGAUGCCCAACGACUGUUCGACAGAAUGCCUGAAAGAAACAUCAUUUCUUGGACAACGUUGAUUUCCACAUAUUCUCAAAUGGGUAUGUCUGAGAAAGCUUUGGAUUGUUUUAGAUCAAUGGUUCUUGAAGAUGGGUUUGCUCCAAAUGGUUAUACAUAUGUAGCUGCUUUAUCGGCUUGCACUAGUUUAGGAGCUGAAAGAACAGGGAAGGAGUUACAUGGGAGGAUGUAUAGAACUGAGGAGAGCCUUAAUAGUUUUGUGACUAAUUGUCUGGUUAAUUUUUAUGGCAAAUGUGGGUUGUUGAAGUCAGCAAGAUUGGUUUUUGAUGGCAUUUUGGAACCCAAUUCUGUAACUUGGGCUUCUCUCAUUUCUUGUUAUUGCCAGUGUGGGGAGUAUGAGGAAGGGUUGAGGAUUUUCUUGUUGGCUUUGAGGUUAGGGGGGAUAGUGAAUAAGUUUUUCUGUGGGAGUGUUUUGAAUGCUUGUGCUGCUAUGAAAAGUUUGCAACUUGGUAUGCAAAUUCAUAGUCUGAUUGUCAAGUCUGGUUUUGGGAUGGAUCAGUUUUUGGUGACUGGUUUGAUUGAUUUUUAUGCAAAAUGUGGUGUAUUGGACUUGGCACGUCGAGCUUUUGAUGAGGCAGAUGCAUGGGAAUUGCAUGCUUGGACUGCAAUGAUUGGUGGCUGUGUGCAGUUAGGGAGUGGAAGAGAGGCCAUUGACCUUUUCUGUAAGUUGCUUUCCUCAGACUUGAAACCAAGUGAGACAACUUUUUCAUCAGUUCUUGGAGCUUUUGCUGAUGUAAAAGGAGUUCGAGUUGGGAAACAGAUCCAUUGCCGGAUUGUAAAAUUGGGAUUCGACUCAUUUAGUUUCGUAUGCAAUGCUUUGAUGGACUUUUUCUCCAAAAGUGACCUGUUUGAGGAAUCAUUAAAGCUCUUUCAAGAAAUGAAAGAACAUGAUGUUGUUAGCUGGAAUACGCUAAUUGCUGCAUGUGUGAGCUCAGGUCGAUAUGAAGAUGCGAUCAGAUUUCUCAAGGAGAUGUUGCUUGAGGGUUUCGAAGCGAGUCUUUACACUUACUCUAGCAUUUUGAGCAUUUGUGGGGAUUUACCAGCUAUUGAAUGGGGCAAGCAAUCCCAUUGUCGUGUUCUGAAGCCUGGAUUUGAUUCCAAUGUGGUUGUUGGGAGCACCCUCAUUGAUAUGUAUGCUAAAUGUGGACGACUUUCUGAAGCACGUAGAGUUUUUGACAUCCUUCCUACGAAAAACCUGGUAUCUUGGAACACCAUGCUUGUAGGAUAUGCGCAACAUGGGUUUGGGAAAGAAGCUUUAGAGAUUUAUGCUACUAUGCAAAACAGUGGGGUUAAACCUAAUGAUAUCACAUUUCUUGGAGUAUUAUCUGCCUGUGGACACGUUGGACUUUUAGAUGAGGGACUUCAUCACUUCAAUAGCAUGACCCAGGUUUAUGGAAUCAUUCCAAGGACAGAUCACUUGGCUUGUAUAGUGAGUCUAUUUGCACGCAAAGGACAAACAAAACAAGCUUAUGGUUUUAUAAAGAACUUUCCAGGGGAGCCAGAUAAGGUGGUGUGGCGGUGCCUCUUGUCUGGUUGCAAAGCUAACGGAGACUUCAUCUUGGGGAAAUAUGCCGCUGAAAAGAUUUUAGGUAUUGAUCCAGAUGAUACUUCAGCCUAUAUCGUAUUGUCUAAUAUCUAUGCGGAGUUACAGAUGUGGGAUGAAACGGCCAAGAUGAGAAAGCUGAUAAAGGAGAAAUCAUUAAAGAAGGAAACUGGAUAUAGUUGGACUGAGUUGCAGAAUAAAAUAUAUACAUUCUCUGCGUGUAAUAUUAUGUCCCUUCAAGAAAGCUAUCUGCAGCAAGUUUUGACUGGGUUGACGGCCCAAUUGUUUGAUUCAGGAUAUGUGCCUGAUGUCAUGUUCUCGUUGCAGUUUGAGGAGUAA